ACACCUUGUUUCAAGUAUACUCCCCCAAAGUUCUGCCCUUUACAGUAUUUGCUUCUGUGUUUGCUCCUGGCUCAGAAGAUAGUCUAAGGUUUCUCCUUCCUUGUGGAACCUGAAUCAGUGAGGUAGAGUCUCUUCCUCAGUCUGCCCUAGAACUGUGACCCAGAACCAGGUUCGGAGAGACAGAGCUGCUGAUUGGCACCUAGCCGACACCACUUUUCACACAAAAUAAAUACAACAUGGUUUUGAGAGUUGAGAUGGAAGCGCUGGUAGUCAAGGGGAGCAGGACAGUCCUGGAUAGAAGAAAGCUUUAAGCUGAGCUUUGAAAGUAAGGCUUGCUGCGGCAGCAAUAAGGAGCCAGCGAAUUCCAGACCCGGAGGGCAGACAAUCUUGGGCAAAGGGAUGGGGCUGACAGAUGGACCCUCUGGGUGCGCUUCACACGGGGAACAGUAGGCAGGUCAGUGUGGCGCUCGGUGUGUGAAAUGGACAAUGAGCAGAUUAGUUUAGAGAGGUGGGCUGCAGGAGACGGUGAAGAGCAUCAACAGCCAAAGGAUUUUGUCUUUCGCCUGAGCGAUCUCAGAGGGCACAGCCGGUGGCGUUUUGGGCAUGGGAGAGACUAGGUUUAGACGAGCUCUGAGCCCAGUUUAGCAGUCGUAGGGAGAGGGAGACCGAGACUAUUGCGGUAGUUCAGAGGAGAUAAAGCUUCGGGUGAGGAGGUUUGUGGGGUAAAUAGGAGAGAAAGAUAGGGCCAAAGUGCCCAGGGGAGAGAAAGUAAAAGGGUGGAGGGCGAUUCCAAAGGGAUGGUUGCGCGCUGGCUGGAAAGGCAUCGUAAUGGAGUGGGGAUGUAGCCAAUGGAGCCUGACCAGGGACUCCCCGCGCAAGGUCAUGAGGCUUAGAAUGCACGAGGCUGGACACUUGCACUCCCUGGGCUGCCAGGAGUCAUCUCGCCCCACUCCUCGUCCUUCUUCCCGCCACGUGCUCGGGGUUUGGCUGGAGCUGGGAAGGGGUUGGGAAUGGGGCCAGCUCUUCCCACCAGGAGCCACAGAAACCAGCGCGGACAGAGAAGAGUUGGCAAUGUAGGGCCAAGGCACAGUCCUUUGAGAAAGCUGCUCCUUCAGAGCAUGAGCCUUACUCUCCCAUGGCCUCUGAACUACGUUUCCCAGAAGUCUCUGUUCUGCUCUCCUGCGCGACGCGCGCAGUUGCCAUGGAGACGGUCGCGUUCAGUCAGAAAAUACCUGGAGGGGCAUUUCCGCUUCCUGGGGGUCUUUGUUCGCGUCUGAGGGUCCCCGGGAGCAGUAGGACCCCCAGAGCGGGGCGACGGGUCUGUGAGGCCGCCCUUCGGGGCCUCGGGCGGUUCUGUCGGGCUCCUCAGGUCCGCGGAGCAUCAGGCCGCCGGGACAUUGAGCAGCCGAGACAUUGGGCAGCCGAGGCCGAGGCCCCUCCUCUCGCUGGCGCUGUGCCCGCCCCCUACGCGUCUUUCCGGGAGGGGAGCAUCUCGGGGAAGGCCAUGGGCCCCGGCAUCCCCGCGGCUGGCUUCCAGGAGUCAGUGACUUUCAAGGAUGUGGCUGUGGAGUUCACCUGGGAGGAGUGGAAGCACCUGGAUCCUUCUCAGAGGAACCUGUUCAGGGAUGUGAUGCUGGAGAACUACGGGAACCUCGUCUCCCUGGGGCUUGCGGUUACCAAGCCAGAUGUUAUCUUCCAGUUGGAGAGAGGAGAUGCGCCCUGGAUGCUUGAGAUAGAAGUCCCUAGAAGCACCCCUACAGAAUGCCUUCAUCUGGAGUCAAGGUGGAAAACAACAGAGACUAUUGCAAUCCAAGGCAUUUCUUUAGGGAAGUUAUCUGAAAAAAGAAUCCAGAAUGGACCAUGGGAUUCUGUGUUAGGAGAAGGUUGGGAAUGUGCUUUUAGACUGGAGCAAGAGAAGGCCAACUAUGAAAAGCAAUCCCAGCAAGUGACAAUCCCUCAUAAAAAAACUUCUGAUGUUUAUACCAAUGAAUGUAAUAUGUUGGGAACAGGUUUCAGUCUGAGGUCCAUCCUGAUUUCACAGCAUCAAGAGCAUAGGAGGAAAAAUAUUCAUAAAUGUAACAUACAUGGAAUAAACUUUAAACAAUGUUCAGAAAAAUGUAAGCAUAAUAAUAUUUUUUCUGAGACACUUUGCAAAUAUAAAUAUAGGAAGGCAGACGAUUGUGAUUCAGAUCUUACUCAAAAUGAUAGAAAAUACACUGAAAAAAAAUCGUGUGAAGGUGGCAAAGUGUUGAGUAGCAAUGUAGCCCUUACAAAUCAGAUUAUUCCAGUUGCAUCGAAAUCUUUUCAGUAUAAAACAUGUGGGAAAGACUCUAGCUGUACAUCUCUUCUUCUCUAUCAAGAACUUCACACUGAAGAGGAACCCUUUGCAUGUAAAGAAUGGGAAAAAUCCUUUAACUGGCAUGGACAACUUACUGAACAUAAAAGAGUUCAUACUGGAGAAAAACCCUUUGAAUGUAACAAAUGUGGGAAAUCAUUUACCUGGAGAGGACAGCUUACUAUACAUAAAAGAAUUCAUACCGGAGAGAAGCCCUUCGUAUGCAAUGAAUGUGGAAAAUCCUUUAAUCAAGGUGGAAAGCUUUCUGAACACAAGAGAAUUCAUAGUGGAGAGAAACCCUUCCCUUGCAAUGAAUGUGGGAAAUCUUUUAAUCGGCGUAAAGCACUCAUUAUCCAUAGGAGGAUUCAUACGGGAGAGAAACCCUUUGGUUGUAGUGAGUGUGGAAAAUUCUUCAACCAGAGGGGACAUCUUACUGGGCAUAAGAAAAUUCAUACUGGAGAAAAACCCUUUGAAUGUAACGAAUGUGGAAAAUUCUUCAGGCGAAGACGACACCUUACUAGACAUAUGGUGAUUCAUACGGGAGAGAAACCCUUUCAGUGUAACGAAUGUGGGAAAGCCUUUAAUGAAUGUGGAAAGCUUACUGAACACAAGAGAAUUCACACAGGAGAAAAGCCCUUUGAGUGCACUGAUUGUGGGAAAUCCUUUAAUUCAAAUGGACAACUUACUACACACAGAAGAAUUCAUACUGGAGAGAAACCUUUUGUGUGUAAUGAAUGUGGGAAAUCUUUUAGAUGGUGUCGAGAUCUUAAUGAACAUAAGAGGAUUCAUACUGGAGAGAAACCCUUUCAGUGUAAUGAAUGUGGAAAGUCCUUUAAUCGUCGAAAAGCACUUAUUGUACAUAGAAGGAUUCACACUGGAGAAAAGCCCUUUGAAUGUAGUGAAUGUGGAAAAUUCUUCAAUCAGCGUGGAAAUCUUACUGAACAUAAGAGAAUUCAUACUGGAGAAAAGCCUUUUGAAUGUAAUGAAUGUGGGAAAUCAUUUAACUGGAGAGGGCAGCUUACUAUACAUAAGAGAAUCCAUACUGGAGAGAAACCUUUUGUAUGCAAUGAAUGUGGAAAAUCCUUUAAUCAGUGUGGAAAACUUACUGAACACAAGCGAAUUCAUACUGGAGAAAAACCAUUUGAAUGUAAUGAAUGUGGAAAAUCCUUUAACUGGAGUGGACAGCUUACUACACAUAAAAGAGUUCACACUGGAGAGAAACCCUUUGAAUGUAAUGAAUGUGGGAAAUCUUUUAGCAGGAGUGCAUCCCUUACUAAACAUAAAAGAAUCCAUACUGGCGAGAAACCCUUUGAAUGUACUGAGUGUGGGAAAUUCUUUAACUGUCAUGCACACCUUACUGAACACAAGAGAAUUCAUACUGGGGAAAAACCCUUUGAAUGUAAUGAUUGUGGGGUCUCCUUUAGGUGGAGAGGACAACUCACUAGACAUAAGAGGAUUCAUACUGGAGAAAAACCCUUUGAGUGCAAUGCAUGUGGAAAAUUCUUUAAUCAGCGUGGAAACCUUACCGAACAUGAGAGAAUUCACACUGGAGAGAAACCCUUUGAAUGUAGUGAAUGUGGAAAAUCCUUUAAACAGCGAGGAAACCUUACAGACCAUAAGAGAAUUCAUACGGGAGAAAAGCCCUUUGAAUGUAAUCAAUGUGGCAAAUCCUUUAAUCGUCGUGGAAAGCUUACUGACCACAAGAGGAUUCAUACUGGAGAGAAACCUCUUUGACAUGAAUGUGGGAAUUACUUUCCUGAUAGAGCAGUGCUUGGCGACAUUAGAGAAUUCAUGUUGCAGAGAAAUCCUUGAGUGUAAUGAAGGUGGAUAAUUCUUUCAUUGGCAAGGAUAGCUUACUAGCACAAGAAAAGUCAUUCAAAAAGAAACAUGUUGAUUGUAGUGGAAAAUCCUUUAACCAAAGUGGACAGUUAUACAUGAAAUUCAUACUGAAUUAAAGCCAUUAGAAUGUUAAUGCAGACUGUCCUUUAGCUGAUAGAAGAUCUUAUUGAGCAUGAGAAUUCAUGCUAGGGAGAAAGUUUUUGCAGAGCAUAGCAGCUUGACUUGUUUAUCAAUCACCUUGAAAUGAACACAUCAUACUGUAUUUUUAAUUUCUCUGAAAAAAAAAGACACAUACUUCAUGUCACCAAUUUUUCUUUUCUGCUUAAAUUUGUUUCCAAGGAAUCAGCUCCCCUCUAUCUCUAGCUUCUCCUCUGUAGAUAUGAAAAAUAUCUACUUCUUUCUCUGAGUUUCAAAAUCUCCCUUAACUAAUUUUUUUUCAGGGCCAAUUAAGUAAUAUUUGAUCUUAAAUCCAUAAUAAAGGCCCAACUUGAGAUCA